GGAACUUCCUGCCCUGGUCUGUUGUGGAGGGCUGAGGAGGUUGUGAAGUGCAGGGCCAUCAGGAUGAGAGGUAGUAUCAUGAUAUUUGCAGCUGCCGUCCUCCUCUUAGUAUUGCCCUCGGCCCAUGGACAAUUUCCUAGGGCAUGUAGCUCAGCGGAGGUCCUUUUAAGUAAAGAGUGCUGCCCAGCUUGGGCUGGAGAUGGUUCUCCUUGCGGAGAAGCUUCUGGGAGAGGAACAUGUCAAGACGUUGUCCUGUCUAACUCUUCCAUAGGUCCUCAGUUUCCCUUCAGUGGCGUUGAUGAUAGGGAAAACUGGCCUAUUGUCUUCUACAACAGGACCUGCCAAUGCCAGGGCAACUUCAUGGGCUACAACUGUGGGGACUGCAAAUUUGGUUUCACCAGCCCCAACUGUACAGUGAGAAAAAGGAUGAUCAGGAAAGAAAUUUUCAGGAUGACUUCAGCGGAGAAGGACAAGUUCAUUGCCUACCUCAAUUUGGCCAAACGCACCAUCAGCCCAGACUAUGUCAUAGCCACUGGGACCUACGAACAGAUGAACAAUGGCUCCAACCCACUUUUUGCAGACAUCAAUGUCUACGACCUGUUUGUGUGGCUUCACUACUACUCCUCCAGGGAUGCGUUCCUUGAAGGUGGACUUGUUUGGUCAAAUAUUGAUUUUGCCCAUGAAGCCCCUGGCUUUCUGCCCUGGCACAGGUUUUUCUUGCUCCAAUGGGAGCAUGAACUUCAGAAGGUGACAGGUGACGAGAACUUCACCAUUCCUUUCUGGGACUGGAGAGAUGCCAAACAGUGUGAUGUCUGUACUGAUGAAUUUUUUGGGGGGAUCCACCCAACGAGCACCGUCCUCCUGAGCCCAGCUUCUUUCUUCUCCUCUUGGCAGGUUGUGUGCAGUCAGCCAGAAGAAUACAAUCGCCUAAGAAUCUUGUGCAAUGGCACAAAUGAAGGUCCCUUACAGAGAAGUCCUGGACGCCAUGACAGAAACCGGACUCCUAGUUUACCCACCUCAGCUGAUGUCGAAGCUUGCUUAUCAUUAACAGAUUAUGAAACUGGGCCCAUGGACCGCAAUGCUAACUUCAGUUUUAGGAACACUUUGGAAGGUUUUGCUAAUACUCGGACUGCAAUUGCAAACAGCUCACAGAGUAACAUGCACAAUUCCCUGCACGUCUAUCUGAAUGGUUCCAUGUCCUCAGUUCAGGGAUCUGCUAAUGACCCUAUUUUUGUUCUUCAUCACGCGUUUGUCGACAGCAUAUUCGAGCAGUGGCUUAGAAGACAUCAACCAUCAGUAGAUGUUUUUCCAGAAGCCAAUGCGCCGAUUGGUCAUAAUCGAGGCUACUACAUGGUUCCGUUCAUCCCGCUGUAUACCAAUGGAGAGUUCUUCGCCCCGUCAAGAGAUUUGGGUUAUGAUUACGACUAUCUGGCAGAAGCAGACUCCAUUGAAGAUUUCUUGUCGCGUUAUCUGGAAGAGGCCAGACAAAUUUGGCAGUGGCUUGUAGGAGCGGCAGUGGUCGGGGGUCUGAUUACAGCUGUGAUUGCAUCGAUUGUGAGCUUGGCGUGCCGACGGAAGAAGAGAGCGGUGUCGGAGGAGGCUCAGCCUCUCCUCAUGGAGGCUGAAGACUAUCAGAGCACUUACCAGUCCAAUCUAUGAUGCAAGAGCAGCAGCUAAACCUGAAGCUUAUUACACAUCAUUUUAAAUGGGACUUUCCUUCCCGUACGAUAAUAUGUGUAAAAAUGUGUACACAGCUCCAGGUACCUGAGAGGGGUGACACCCAAGAUGCGGGACUUCUUUUUUUUCUACAGGAUUUUAAAAUUAACCCUUUUUAUUUUCAGCAGAAUUGUUCCUCUGCUUGUACAGGGAAGGGUUAGUAAUGUGCACGUCAGCAUGUACUUUCGAAAGAUAUAUACUGUUGAGUGCGACAUGUCCCGCAUACAUUUAUUAUAUGUCAUUAUAUGUCAUAUAUGUCAACUGUCAUUUAUUGUCUAAAUGCCCAUACAGUUAAA